AAGGCUGCCCGUCAAACCAAGCUUGAGUCCGCCCACGGGAGCGGUGACGUGUUUCAGUAUCGCCCCGGAAACAAAACGGAGGCCGGGCGUGAGCGUCGCCCGUGCUGUGCGUCAUGAACGGGGUGUGGGAUUUGCAUUAAGUGGAGAGUUCUAACUGUAAUUGGGUAAUUACUACUGAAAGUAGCAAGAUGGCAGCAAACCCUCCAGGUCAAGGUGUGUUUAAGGAGAAAAUUUAGAGGUGAUGUUCUGUUCCCAUUGAAGUCAUUGGGACCAGGAUUUCAUCCUCGGCUCUUGUACACUGAAUUUGACUCUUGGUUGCCAAGCUGUGCAUCUGGGAGCAUACUGAAGGUCCAAAGAGGCACAGUUCUGCAAGUGAGAACAAAAGAUGAGAGGAGAUCUUAGCCAUCAAGAAUAGAUAACAAGAGCUCGAGACCAUAACGAAACACAAAACAAAGAGUGGUGCUGCUGAUGAUGAUGAUAUACUCAUGCACAAAGCUGGGAACAAAGAAGGUUUUCAGAAUAAAAAUAGGGUUGCAAUCUUGGCAGAACUAGACAAGGAGAAGAGAAAAUUACUUAUGCAAAACCAGUCUUCCACAAAUCACCCUGGAGCCAGAGUUCUGCAGCCAUUCUGCCAAACAUCUGAUCUUCCCAUCAUGAAGAAUAUGGACCCAUGCGUUGCACUUGCAAGAUCUUCCCUUAACAAGGAUUUCCGGGAUCAUGCCGAGCAGCAGCACAUCGCAGCACAGCAAAAAGCAGCGUUACAGCAUGCACAUGCACAUUCUUCAGGAUAUUUCAUAACCCAAGACUCUGCAUUUGGAAAUCUUAUUCUUCCUGUCUUACCUCGACUAGAGUCGGAAUGAGGGAUGUUAUUUCUCAGAAUGAAGGAGAUGAAUAUGUUGUCCAUUGUCGAAGCUGCCAUCUUUCAGAACUACUUUAUAUGAUUUGGAAAACAGAUUGUGAGCUGUUCAAAAAAAAAAAAAAGUUUUUUAAACAUUUGACCUUUUUAUUUUAAAAAAAGCUUGUUUCAUUCUGGAUUCAUAUGCUUGUCUUCCCUGGUUGAGUCUGGCUUCACCUGAGAAGAGGUGCUGUAGAUUAUUAUGUACUUAAUUUCUUUUGUCAGCUCAGUCAGAGUAAUACUGUUUGCCUGACAUAUCAUUCAUACAUCUUAUUUUUCUGAUUUCCUCUCUUCUUUCAUUCAGUUGGAAGGAAGGACGCCCCACCCAGAAUUUGAGAGGUUUGUUCUAAUCUGCAUUUCUAAAGUAUCUGGCAUAGUAUCUAUGUACUGUACUUGACCUUAAUGAAAGCAGACAAAGUCAUCUUUGUCUAUCCUAAGACAAACAUGGAUUCACUAGAUAGAUCAGUCACUUUCAUUCACUCUGUGCAGGAACAUUAUUAGUGCACCCUAAUGUUUUUUAUGUUAAUCUUUGUAACAGUAUCCUGGUUUCCCAGGUAGUUAGAGAUACUAUGCCAUUGUCUCAGUUUGAGUAUAUAAAACCUAAUUAUUAACCUUGUGAACAAAUAAUCUUGUUUGUGUCUAAUUAUCCUCCUCUUUCUUAGUGAUAUGGGGUAAAAAUUCCCAAAGCAUUUAAGUCCCAUGAAACUUAUCACAAGUUACUUAGGCACUUUUGAAAAUGUUACCCAUAAAAGUUCAAGUUCUGCCCUCGAAUUCAAAAUGUCACGCUUUUAGGGUUUUGUUAUUCUUUCAGUGCCUUUGAAAGUGUGUGUUUGUGCUGCUCAAAUCAAAGUUUAGAUUCUGUCUCUGUAAAUUCUUUUCCAGGCUCAUUUCAAUUCUGGCAUCCCAUUUCAGCACUAGGCUGAAGCUUGACAUACGAAGUCUAUUGGUUGGAUAAAUUAUUUUGGAAGCCGAACAAUACUGGAAUAAAGACACUUAUUUUGGAAUAGAGUUUGCAAAAUACUGGUAUAGCUUUAUCGGUAUAGUUAUACGGCCAUAGUUCUGCUGGUCAGUUUUCCCAUGUAGACCAACCCUGGGAUAUUGGUGCCAAGGAAGGUGUGUGUGUGUGUUGAAGAUCUGGGCUUGGAAUCUGCUGGUACACUCCCAUACACUAUACUGGUGCCUAUCUUAUUCUCCGAAAUCUCAGCUUACUUUCAUU